AUGAUGACGACGAUACCAUCAAGCUUCAUUAAUUGCACUCUGAGCGCUAGACGGUAGAGUCAGACGACCACCAGCAAAACCAGAGAAAAGAGGAUCAUGGUGUCCGCUUGGACCAUCGUCCCCGGCAUCAUCGUUUCGCUGAUCGUGCUUGUGGUCACCAAGCUGUGGGAUCCAAUCGCCCAGGUCUACGGGUACCCGUUCGAUGCGGAAAGGCGCGUGCAGAAACUCGUCGAUGAGUUCUCCAAGCUGCAAGAUCAGUUGGGCGAGCUGGGGAUUUUGGAUCCCAAACCCUCGUCCGCAGUGCUCUCGGGUUGGCUGCAGCGGGCGGCUGGAUGCAAGGACAAGGUGGAGGAGAUAAAGCGCCGACAUGAAUCUGUGAAGAGCGUGGGGGUCCAGGGCCUCCUACCCCGGAUCAACGUGGUCCGGCACCUCUGCGCCAUCGGCAGGGAUGCAGAUCUGGAGCUAGAAGAAGUCAAGGAUCUCAUCGCCAAAGGAGAGGGCCACUUGAAGGAGGCGGGUGCUGCUCCCCAUCCGAUUCCGAUUCCGAUUCCUCUACUACCUCCACCGGCGGCAGAAUUCGACAACGGCCAGCUUGCCCAGUCAAUCCUCGACACGGCAGCGGCCGGCACAUGGGGAGUUGGGAUCCAGGCAAUGAAACCUCACCUGACCAGCGUCCUAGAUUUUGUCCGGGAAGACGGCGGCGGAGCUCCUGGCGUGCUAGGAGUAUGGGGCAUGGGCGGCGCCGGCAAAACCACGCUUCUCAAGCUCGCGCGCGAUCCACGAGUACAAACCUUGGACCAUAUUGUUCUCGCUGAGGCUGGCAAGUGCUGCGAUAUCGCCAAGCUUCAGGACAGCAUUGCACAGGGCACGAGCCUGGUGUUGCCUCCUUCGCUCAGUGUCACCAACCGUGCUACCGUCCUGUGCAACCAUCUUCGCAACAAGAAAUUCUUGCUGCUGCUGGAUGACCUGUGGAACUACAUUGAUUUGGAGGCUGUCGGCAUCCCGUUGCCCCUUGGACGGGGGAAUCAACGUAAGGUUGUAUUGACAUCACGAAGCGAGGCCGUAUGUGUCAGCAUGGCACGCCAAGGAGUUACCAUCAGAAUGGGGUGCCUAGAUCAACAAGAUGCGUUCAAGCUCUUCGAGGAUAAAGUUGGGAGUGCUACCAUCAAUGCUGAUACUAGGAUUCCAGAGCUUGCCAGGCAGGUAGCCGAAAUGUGCGGUGGUCUGCCAUUAGUGCUGUGCGUCAUCGGUCGAUCCAUGUGCACGAAGAAGAAUUAUAAGCUGUGGGUGGAUGCAGUCAACAGGUUGGAGAAGUCAAAGGUCCAUAAUAACCUAGUUGGAGACGAUGAUAUAUUCAACAUCCUAAGGUACAGCUUCGAUGGACUACAUGACGACGAAGCACGGGGUUGUUUUCUGGCGUGCACCCUGUUCCCUCCAUUUUACAUUGAGAAGAAGCGACUCAUCCGGUGGUGUAUGGGGCUUGGUUUCUUGGAUCCCGCCAACGGUUUUGAAGGAGGAGAGUCUGUCAUCGAUUCCCUGCAGGGAGCAUCGCUCCUGGAGAGCGCUGGAAGCUAUUCUGUUGAUAUGCACGACAUCAUCCGCGACAUGGCGCUGUGGAUUGUAAGGGGCCCUGGAGGUGAGAAGUGGAGCGUGCUGAAUCGAGCAUGGGUGCAGGAUGCAACCAUACGCAAAAUGAACAACGGGUAUUGGACUCGGGAAGAAUGGCCUCCCAAGGAUACAUGGCCUGAGCUUGAGAUGCUUGCGAUGGAAAGCAAUCGCUCCUACCUUGAUCCGUGGAAGGUUUCGUCCAUCGGCCAGAUGACAAACAUCAGCUUUCUGGAACUGGUGUCUUUAGAUACAUUUCCAAUGGAGAUCUGUGAGCUGCAUAAGCUCGAAUACCUCUGCAUCAAAGCAGGGAGUAUGUCUAGGCUGCCAAUUGAACUCGGGAAACUGUCGAAACUCAAGCAAUUGCAUCUGCGGCAGUCUUGCAGUCUUGGCGAGAUACCGACAGGAUUGAUCUCGCAGCUCGUAAACCUGCAGGUGCUGGACCUUUUCUGCAGCAGCAUCGAUUAUCCCUACCGUCCAAAAUCUGCUGCUGGUGGCCUUUACAAUUUUCUGGGUGAACUGGCCGAAGCUAGAGCAUCGGAGAAGUUGAAGAUUCUUGGGAUUUGCCUGGAUGCGACGCGUGAUAAUAGGGCAUUUCUGAAGCAGUUGAUGCAGAAGCAAGUGCGAAUAAGGUCGCUCUGCUUAAGCUUCAUCAAUCCAAUCUCGCCUGGACAUGAUCAACCCCAGCCGGCCACCAGCAGAUACAUGAUCGCCGAACUGCAACCGUUCUCCAAUGAUCUGGGAGAACUAGCCAUUUCUAGUUCCGACAUCUUGCAGGAGCUUGUGGCCACGUCUGAUGGAAAGGAGCUGAUCCAAAACCUGGAACAUCUCUGCUUGGAAAAUCUCAAUGUACUGGAGAGAGUAAUAUGGCUGAACGCGGCGAGAAACCUUCGAAGGGUUGACAUCAAGAAAUGUGCAAAAUUGACGCACGCCACAUGGGUAUUGCAGCUUGGGUACCUCGAGGAACUCGGCAUUCAUGAUUGCCCACAGUUUAAACGGUUGAUCGACCAUAAGGAGCUUGCGGAGAAUCCACCAGAUCAUGUGAUCUUCCCUCGGCUUACAUAUCUCGAUCUCAGUGAUCUGCCAGAAUUGUCUGAUAUAUGUGUGCUGCCUUGUGAAUUUAAGUCGUCGCUGGCGCUUCUUGUUGAGAACUGCGACAAGCUGAUGAACAUAUCGUUCCACUACCCACCCGGUCAUGACCAGAAAAAUAUUAGGGUUUUCUGCGACAAUGAAUGGUUCAAUAGACUCGAGUGCAAGCCAAAUAUCAUGAAGUCCUACCUAUCGCAAAACAUGAGAUUUUCUGCUAUUUGAAGAUUGUUUUAUCUGUACAGCUGAAAAUUUGUUAUUUCUCUCGUGGUGUGAUCUGGCAGCAAGAUGCCCACGAGCAUUCUAUACUAUACGUACGAUACCAGGGUAACAAACUAUUAGGACUCGAGAGCAUUCUUUUGUUUGUUGCAUGCGGUCUGAAUUGUUAAGAAAAAUUCUAAAGUUAUAUUUUAGGAUGGAGGAGGGAGUACUACAUAUUUUAUCACCUCAACUUUUAAUUUUUUUCCACAUUUAAGGUGGAAAAUAUAUAGUGAAAGCUAAGUAAAACUUUUACUUA